UCCUUGCCCCGCGUCUUCCUGGGGCACGAAGGCCUUUGGGCAAGACUGGCGUGACAAAGCUGGCCCUGAAAUGCUGGAGAACCUGGGCGAUGAUGAUCGCUGAAUGAGUGGCACUGGGCUGAGCUUGGACAGCGGACUGACAGAAAGGGAUGCUAGCGUUUAGGAAGGUAAGAAGGAAACUCAGAAUGGGGACCAUCUGCUCCCCCAACCCCAGCGGGACAAAGACAUUGGAGGUCUGCAAUGCCGACUGGAUGGCCUCACUCCCUUCUCACCUCCACAACGUCCCCCUUUCCAAUCUGGCAAUUCCAGGCUCCCAUGAUUCAUUCAGCUACUGGGUAGAUGAAAAGUCCCCAGUGGGGCCUGACCAAACCCCAGCAAUCAAACGCCUCGCCAGGAUCUCGUUCGUGAAGAAGGUCAUGAAGAAAUGGUCUGUGACUCAGAACCUGACAUUCCGAGAACAGCUGGAUGCUGGGAUCCGUUACUUUGACCUGCGUGUGUCUUCCAAGCCAGGGGACGCCGACCAGGAAAUCUACUUCAUUCACGGGCUUUUUGGCAUCCGGGUCUGGGAUGGACUGAUGGAGAUCGACUCAUUCCUCACACAGCACCCCCAAGAGAUUGUCUUCCUGGAUUUCAACCACUUCUACGCCAUGGAUGAGGCCCAUCACAAACGCCUGAUUCUCCGGAUCCAGGAGGCCUUUGGAAGCAAGCUGUGCUCAGCCUGCAGUGUGGAGAGCAUGACGCUGCGGAAUCUGUGGGAGAAGAAGUGCCAGGUUCUUAUCUUCUAUCACUGUCCCUUCUACAAGCAAUACCCCUUCCUAUGGCCUGGAAAGAAGAUCCCAGCACCUUGGGCCAAUACCACGAGUGUGCGCAAACUCAUCCUUUUCUUGGAGACCACACUGAGUGAGCGCCCCCCCCAUGGCUCCUUCCACGUGUCUCAAGCUAUCCUCACACCCAGAGUGAAGACCAUUGCCCGGGGCCUGGUUGGCGGCCUCAAGAACACACUGGUCCACAGGAAUCUUCCUGCCAUCCUGGACUGGGUGAAGACUCAGAAGCCUGGAGCCAUGGGGGUCAACAUCAUCACGUCUGACUUUGUAGACCUGGUGGACUUUGCCACGACAGUCAUUGAAUUGAAUGACCUCCUACAGGAGGAUAGAGCUUUGGCUAAAUGUUGAUUUAAUUUUUUAUUUCACUUACUAUUGAAGUUGUUGAUCCAGGCUAGAGUUCUGAAGGGUUUCCUAUUGGCCCCUGGGCAGUGAUGGUGAAGUGAGUAAGAGGAUGGGACAUUUUUUUCCCCUCCUCACAAGGUUAUUUGGAUAAAAUUAUAGGGCUAUUAAUUGCAUUUUUCCCAAAUGAGACUUUUUAAAAACUGAAGUUCAAGGGAAGAAAGCAUGUUCCUUAUGGUCAAGGUCAGCGUCUCCCUAAUGGCAUAUGAUGUUGAAUAUAAUAUGCAAAUGGGGUCUCCGGUUUCCUUUGGGAUGCUGAGUGUCCCCUAAUUGGCCCAGUUCCCUGUUGUCUUCCAGGAUGCUGUAUUUGAGCCAGAGAGAAGGCUGAAGCAGAAAGGCAUUCCUGAUCCAAAGGAUGGCUCAAGGCAGAUGUGGACUGCCUUGUGGGGUGGCUCAUUCACCACCCUGGGGCUCUGAAGGGAGAAAGGUCAAGCACCAGUUUUCUCUAGGCGUGUUGAAUGUCACCACUUCCUCCCCAAGAGUAAGAUGUAUCUAUCACCAAGGUAUUUCAGCCACAAGCUGUUCUUGGCAUGCUUGUGCUUGGUAAUUGGUCACCUUCAUUCUUCAGAUAAACAGUGCAUACUGUCCCUGGUAUCAGAAAGAUGUUUCCCAUUUUUAAAACACUGAUUCCUCUCCAUUUCUUUGGCCCAUUCUUAAAACUGAAAGGAACAACACUGGUGCAUCUCUUCAAUCUGAGGCCCAACAAGAGACAGACGUGCGUGUCUGCUGCAUGCCAUAUUUCUUUGAGCUAACUCUGUAGGUCUCCCCAGACUGGCUGUCGGGCAAGUGCCUGCGUCAUUUUGGCAAAGUCCUCUUUGGAGUGGGAUCUUCCAGCCAGAUUUUGGAAUUGCAUUUCACUACUGUCUGUCUAGAACUCGAGUCUGCUCUGUGGGACUCAACACUGACGGAAGACACCUUGUCCAUGACACCAUGGAGGCAGACACAGGAUGAGUGGGAAAGUGCAAUGGAUUUAAGGAGGCUCCAAGUGAAUGUGGAGCCAUUCUGUAAAUCCUUGAACACAAGACUACCUCGGGAACAUUUAGGAUGAUGAUAUGUCAUCCAGCGAGUAAUACCCAGUGUCGGAACACUUCCAGUUUGUGUCUUGAUUGUUCUACUCUCUGCAGGUUAUUCUGAGCCUACUAAUCACUGCAGGAGGGCUUUGAAACUCAAGAGGGGAUUUUAUUAUUAUUAUCAUUAUUUUUUAUUGAUAAGAGGUGCUUAAAUACAAAGAGCCCUCUUGUGUUUUAUUUAUUUAUUUAUUCAUUUAUGUAUUUAUAGAUUAACUAUCUUCAGUGCUUCUUACUUCAAGAGCAGUCACCAAGGGGCUUCCUGAACUCUUCUCAGCAGGCCAGAUGGCCCUCAAGAGGACCGCGCAUCUCAGGACCGUGAGUGACUUCUGACUCUACUGUAGAAGCUGCAGACAUUCUGGUCCCCCAAGUCAUGCUGGGGACAGUGUUCAUGUAUAGGUGUGGUCCAGACCUGAGACGCCUCUAUCAAGCCACACACUGGAGCAGAAGGUGAAAUGGGUCCUAAGGAUCCCUCGGUUCCGGAGGAAAACCCUCUAGAAGAGGGAUGAAAAGGAAGGAAGUAGAAUGCUGGGCACAGAAGUGUGAGCACUUGAGUGUUUCUCUCCACUCUCUGAGAAUCCCUAAGGAAGUGCCAGCAUCUGGAUCCUUAAAGCGGAAAGAUAACCUGGAAUCCUGAACAGCUGUGUGCAUUUAUACAGAUGGUUGGACA